AGUAGGCGGGGCCUGAUCGCUGUCAGAUGCAGUGGGCGGGGUAGUCGGGCACGGUGCCCGGUGUUAUGGCGGCGGCUGUGGGUUCUGUGAAUGAAUUCUCCGGGCGCAAAAGGGAAAAAGAAGAAGCCGGCGACCCCAACGGCAGAUUCUGGUCCCGGGCCCCCAGCCUGCUCGGAGACUUCGCUGCAUAAGCGGAACGUGUACGUGUUCUCGUACCCGCUGCUCGCCGUCUUCUCUCUGCUUCGUUUCCUCGCCUUCCAGCUCGGCUUGCUGUUCGCCUGGUGCUGCGAGCGGCUCUCCCGCAGAGUCAUGGCGGACAAGAAGAACGCGGCGGCCCUCAGGGAGCAGGGCGCCCACUCUGUCAGGACGGCCUCUGCUCAGGACAGGCCGGGCAAUGAGCCUGAGGUGGUGCGGGCCUUCCACCAGCAGGCCUUCCAGUACAUCUCCAUGGCGCUCCGCAUCGACGAGCAGGAGAAAGAUCAAAAGGAUCAAGCUGUAGAAUGGUACAAGAAAGGAAUUCAGGAACUGGAGAAAGGAAUUGCAGUACCAGUCAAAGGGCAAGGUGAACAAUAUGACCGAGCACGACGUCUACAAACUAAAAUGACAACAAAUCUUCUAAUGGCAAGGGAUCGGUUACAGUUAUUGGCAAAGCUGCAAGCAGAUACACAAGGUCAGAACAAGCAAAUGGAAGUGUGUAGUGAAAAUACUAACCUGCCUUUACGCAAUGGACUUCUGAAGCCAGAAAGGGGUGCAGUUCCAAAAAAGAAAGAUGCAGUCUCCAUCGCAAGUAAUUCCCUUCCUCGUGCAAAAGCCACACCCAAAGCUGUAUCUCCAGUAGUUUCCCAUUCACCUAGGAUACCCAACAGUUCCAGUUCCUCCUCCUCCUCCUCCUCGCAUAGGCCAGUCUCUCAUACAGCUACUAGGGGAGCAGGUGUAAAAAGCACUAGACCAAAUAAGCCAACAACACCUAAUACUGGACUCAGGAAAAAAGAUAUGAAGAAUUUAAAAAAUGUAGAUAGCAACCUUGCAAAUCUUAUUUUGAAUGACGUUAUAGACAGCAGCCCAUCAGUUAAGUUUUCUGAUGUAGCUGGACAAGAAUUGGCAAAACAAGCACUGCAAGAAAUCGUGAUACUUCCUUCUAUUCGCCCAGAGCUUUUCACUGGCCUCAGAACUCCCGCUCGAGGGUUAUUGCUAUUUGGCCCUCCUGGAAAUGGAAAGACUAUGCUGGCAAAAGCAGUGGCCGCUGAAUCAAAUGCAACAUUUUUUAAUAUAAGUGCAGCAAGUCUCACUUCAAAAUAUGUAGGAGAAGGUGAAAAAUUAGUGCGGGCACUUUUUUCUGUGGCAAGGGAACUCCAGCCAUCUAUUAUUUUUAUUGAUGAGGUUGAUAGCCUUUUAUGUGAAAGAAGAGAAGGAGAACAUGAUGCUAGCAGACGAUUAAAAACUGAAUUUUUGAUUGAGUUUGAUGGGGUACAGUCUGGAGGGGAUGAUCGAGUCCUCGUCAUGGGGGCUACUAAUAGACCUCAAGAGCUGGAUGAAGCAGUUCUCAGACGAUUCACAAAAAGGGUUUAUGUCUCAUUGCCAAAUGACGAGACAAGGCUUCUGCUUUUAAAAAACCUUUUAAGCAAGCAAGGGAACCCACUGACACAAAAAGAAUUGGCUCAGCUGGCCAGGCACACUGAAGGAUACUCUGGCAGUGAUCUAACCGCACUGGCUAAGGACGCUGCACUUGGGCCUAUAAGAGAACUGAAACCAGAGCAAGUGAAAAAUAUGUCAGCCAGUGAGAUGCGCAACAUCAAAUAUUCGGACUUCAUGAGCUCAUUAAAGAAAAUAAAAUGCAGUGUUAGUUCUAAUACCCUGGAAUCAUACAUUCGAUGGAAUACAGAAUUUGGUGAUACCACAGUUUGAAAGACAAAACUCUGGUCAAAGGGUCCUCAAACCUGUUGCUUAAUGGCAAAUGUGAUCCUGGAAGCCUUCAGAGAGAUUUCAUUAAAAAAAAAAACUGGAACUUAAAAGAAAUCUAAAAAAAUGACGCUUACCUGUGUGCACUAAAUCUUUAGAAACCUAAUAGGAAAGUGAAAACGAUAAUUCUUUUAAAUGGCGUAUUAACAGGAUGUUUCGGUUUUACUUAUAUGGGGCUCUCUGUCAUCCAAAUCUGCGGAAAGAUUGUCCUUACCAGAUCAGCAAUGACUUUACUAGAUGGGGUAGUGGCAACUUUCCUUUUAUGCUGUGUUUAUAAGCUCGUGAGCGCAAAAGGAAUACUGGGUGUAGGAAGAUCUGUGCCUUGCGUACACGUUUUUUUUUUGUGCCUGCCCAUCUUUUUAAUAACCUAAUACUUCCUUGGUAUUUACCAACUGUGACUGUUUGUAAAUGUGUGUGUUCAUUCUGCAAUAAGACGGCUAAAGAAAAUAUUUGCUUUGCCGGAGUGGUGGUCAUUUUGCUUAAUGUGCCAAAGGAACCCUUGUGGUGGCACAGAAAAUGAAAGCGAACAAAAGCACAUGAAUACAAUGUGAAGCGGCUAACUUGUUUUGUUCUAUGUUCUUCAGCCCUGUAGCCCUCCUCACAUGUGAAUGUCUAGCGGGAUGCGGUUUGUCAGAUUAAGUGUCCGUUUAAUUCUAGCAUCUUGAAAAAUGCAUGAUUUCUUCUCCAAUGUUUUGAUAAUUUAAUUUUUUCAAAAUAACUUUUCAAAAACAUGACUGCCGUAUAUAAGAUUGUUGAAAUUGUUCUGCCAUUUUUGGAAAUAUAAAUGAUCCAAAAAAACUUUUAGAAAUCA